UUGCGUGUACCUGGAUCCUUCCGAGCACGAGACAUCAUCUGGCUUCGUAAGCACAUGAAGAUGAAUCCACAAUGGUGGAAAACGAUCUCUUCUAUAGGCAGCAGUUACAUAGCACGAUAUCAAGUGUGGGAAUUUCAGAAAGAAUGCUAUGGAAUGUUUAAAACUUGGUCAUGUAUCUUUGGAGUUAUGGACAUCCCGGAUAUCAUCACGAGACCGGAGUUGGUUGUGCAUAAAUUUAGCCUUGAUCUUCAACCAGCGGGUUACAUGUGCCUUUUGAAAGAAAUUCGGUAUCGCAGCCAUAAUCCAGUUGACUUCGAUGCUGUCAGCUAUAGUGAAAUGCCAACGGUGGAACUUCACAACGGAAAAAGAAUCACGGAGUUGACACAUCCUGAAUGGUUGUUACAAAGCUCGUUUUAUAAGUAG